AUGGAUGCUAAGACAUAUCUUGAAUCUUACGGGUGGAAAGAAGGAGAGGCCCUUAAAAAGGGUGGGCUAAGAAGGCCAAUCCUUGUCCUGUGUAAGAAAGAUACGAAAGGCUUAGGUCACAACAGUAAUGAUAGCGAUGCGUGGUGGGAGAGGCUCUUCGAUGGGCAAUUGAAGAACCUUAAUGUUCAGAGUGGCAUAUCAGGUGAGGUAAAGUUUGAGACAAACUCUGCUGCAGUAUCUAAUGACAUGAAGGCCUUAUCACCGUUAUAUCGCAUGUUCGUGAAAGGUGAAGGAUUGGUGGGUACAAUUGGAACUGAAGCUAAGAAGACGCCACCUGGUAAGAAAAUCGAAUCCGAUAAAAAAGAUCGGGAAUGUGGAAGACCUUCCAGGAAGAAAAAGGUCAAGCAGAGUAAACAAUCUAGUAUAGAAAGACAUUCCAGUAAUCAUAAGCAAAAAAAAGACAGUAAGCAUAAAGAUAUCGCUAAUGAAGAAAAUGAUAAAAAGCAUAAGAACAAAAGCAAGCAUAUAGAUACUAUUGAUUAUAAGAACGUUACAAACUCCAAACAAAGAAAGAAACUGAAGAAGGAGAAGCCUAAAAUUAGGAAAGAGGAUGUAAAUGUAAAUGAUCAAAAAUCGAAGAUUGAGAAAAAAAGAGCCAAAGAGAAAAAAAGGAAUAAAGAGUCCAAGAGAUCGAAAAGAAAUAUAGAAAAUGGCGAUUCUAAGUCGUCGAAGAAAAGAAAAACCCAGCAUUAA